UGUGAUGUGUCGACUGAACCUCGGCUGACUACUUCUUUCGGCUCUGAUUGAUAAAAACCAACGACACUUUGUGCUUUCAGCCCUCAAAGCCCGUUUUCUGAGCCUGAACCCGUCACAGAUUUGAACCAGACCCGGACUACACAGACGUGACGCUGGGACAAUGGAGUCUAACGUGAUCCAGGACAGUAUCCGCCCUCAGAGGCUGCAGCCGGGGAUUGGAUUCGGUUCAGUACCGACCGGGACCCUCCGCUCCUCCUCUCUCCGGCCCGGGGUUACGGUCCCCAUCGCGCCACUGCUGCCCUCCCCGGCCUCCUUGGCCGCCUCCUCCGGGCCUCCUCCUCCUCCGCCACCGCUGCAGCUCCACAGCCUGUACGGAGGCAUCGGCAUCGGCGCCGGGCUGGGGCCGGGGGCCGGCGGCCACUGCAACCCGGGGAACCCGGCGGUGCUGAAGGAGGCGGUGGAGGCUGUGGUCCGCAGCUUCGCUAAACACACGCAGGGCUACGGCAGAGUAAACGUGGUGGAAGCUUUACAGGAGUUUUGGCAGAUGAAGCUGACCAGAGGGGCCGACUUGCGGAACGGAGCUCUCGUUGUUUAUGAAAUGGUCCCAUCCAACAGCCCACCGUAUGUUUGCUAUGUUAGUCUUCCAGGAGGCAGCUGCUUUGGAAGUUUCCAGUUCUGUCCCACCAAGGCAGAGGCAAGACGCAGCGCUGCCAAGAUUGCUCUCAUGAACUCUGUUUUCAAUGAGCAUCCCUCUCGUCGCAUCACAGACGACUUCAUCGAGAAGAGCGUCAGUGAGGCUCUGGCCUCCUUCAAUGGAAACAGAGAAGAGGCGGACAAUCCUAACACAGGGAUAGGGGCAUUUCGCUUCAUGCUCGAGUCCAACAAAGGAAAAUCAAUGCUGGAGUUUCAGGAGCUGAUGACUGUUUUCCAGCUUCUGCACUGGAACGGAAGCCUGAAAGCCAUGAGAGAACGACAGUGUUCCCGACAGGAAGUGCUGGCUCACUAUUCCCACCGGGCUCUGGAUGAUGACAUGCGCACUCAGAUGGCUGCCGACUGGGUGAACCGGGAACAGAGCGUCGCGGGCGCAGUCGGCCAGGAGCUGGCCUCCACAGAGCGAGAACUGGAGGAGGCCAGACUGGCGGGCAGAGAACUGCGUUUUUACAAGGAGAAGAAAGACAUCCUGAUGUUAGCUGUGGGCCAACUCAAUGCAGCCAACACUGCCACUCUGCCCUCACACUAAACACGCCGUCCGUUGCGGAAACAUGCCUUCACACUCCGUAGGAUUCCUGGUAACAGUAUUGAUCGCGUCAUAGAUAUAAAGGUGAUUCUUCUGAACUUAUACGUUUUAUAUCUCGUGUGUUGUUAUGAGGUCCAGGUAAUCAGGCCUUGAUUUACAGUAUGCACGUCCGUCCGUAAAAACAAGCACUUGCCGCCAUAGCCGUUACCUCUUUGUGCCUAGUGAAUACAGGAUGUCAGUGCUUCUUUCAAAUUACCUGUACAUACACUCGGCAUACCAGCUGACUGUUUUUUUUUUUUCAUGGUUACAUAUCUAUUUCCUCAAAGUAGACCUACAGAAACAAAGCCUGCCUUUCAUUGGUGAAUGUAAGGGACAUAUGACCCAUCAAACCAAACCAGAUUUAAGGAUUAAUCAUUCUGAAGUCAGACAAGCGUGUUUCAUUAAUGUUUUUGUGUGUGUUUAUACUUACAUCUAGUAUUCUGGACUCAUGAUGGUGAAAAUAAUGGACCCUGUGUCUAUUAAUAGAGCAAAUAACUAAAUAUAAUACUACAUAAACUGCAAAAACUUCAAUGACUUGGAUAAAGGAUCUUACUGAAUAUGAACACAACUCGAUCAGGUCAUGUUAAGCCUGUUGUACAAAGAAUAUUGUGUUUGGAAAUUGAAGCAUCUAAUAACUUCAGAAUUUCAGUGCGAAUAGAAACACUUAUUGGCUUGUGUAAUAAUUUGUGGGUACUUGGCAAAGAUGUCAGCAGGUGACUGACCGCUCUGACAGCAGCUCAGGUAUCUCAAACAUCGGACCAUCGCUCUGUUUUCUAUCUUAUUUUGUGUGUGUGUGUGUGUGUGUGUGUGUGAAGGCUUCUGAAAACUAUCUCAGCAUUCGUCGUGCGCUCGGCGAGCAUGACACUCGCAGAAUGUAUAUUUCUUUUCAGUGCGCUCUCAGCUAAAAGGACCUAAAAAGUGACGCUGUUAAACAUUUAGACUAUUGAAUUACUCCUGAUUGUGUUUGUCAUGUGCUUCAGCUAGAAGGAACCGUAGACUAAAAGGUAGAAGGAGAUGUCAACAGAAAGUCCAAGCUGCACGAUUGUGAGUUGAAGAACCUUUCUGUUAAAAUGAAGUUGAUUCAUUGUGUGUGACUCAUUGCAGUCGAUACAUAACAGCACUUGUGGUUUAUGUUGGAGUUUUUUGGAGAUACUAGAAGCAGUGAUUGGUUGUGAGCAGUGCUAGUGUACAUUCAUGGGCUAAAAACAAUAGUAUGUAAGUUGCACUUAACACCUUCCAAAUAUUUUUAUGUUGAAGGACCUGAUUUCAUUCAUACUGUAAAUGUGAUAUCUUUUUAUUUCUCUGUCUAUCUAAAAUGUACUUUAAUGCAUUCAUUAAGGAUGAAGGCAUUUCAGUGAGUAGCCUUUUAAAGACCCCAUGCGUUGAAAGUGAGAGUUUGAAUCGUAAUGUGUGGCUCUGGGUGGAAGGAAAUGUGGGGCAGCGUUAUGCAAGUUAAACAGCAGGAGGGAUCACGCUGCUGCUGAGUGCUGGAUUAUCAACAUCAGAAACUCAUUACACAAAAUAUGAGGAGACGGCAAAUAAAAAAAACAAAGAAUUUUGAAAGAAGAAUGAUUAAAGCCAGACCAAUUUUAUUGUUUUAUUGCUGUAUCUCUUCCACGGGAUCAUCGUGCCUUUAUUAAAAUUGGUAGCAUGCAAUAUUAAGACACGUUAAAAAGAAUCCUCAGAGGUUUCAUUUCAUUUAAUGGGGUCUUUAAAAGACGCCUAUACUCAAUUUUACAAAGUCUUUUGUCAUUUUAUGUAAAGGUAAUGUUAUAGAUCACAUGCUAUAUUGUUACAGUACCUUAAUAUGUUACACGACAUUAGAUUAUGAAGGAUUUAAUAAAUCUUACUACCUUUGUUAUACAUUUAUAAUCUUUAUAUAGCGUUGGUUUGGUACUCGGCUUGCAAAAUCUGUGUGCGGCACCUGUAAAAAAAAUGUUUGCAAGUAAUUUUAAAAAAACAACCCUGCACCUCUUAUUAAAUACUGAAAUGUUAAAAUAGCCCCACUGAUAACAAUUCUUAAAAAAUACAUUGCAACAUGCUCAACUCACAAUCUGCCAUGAAAACUGGGUGCUAGAUCUUUAAAGUAGCAGAUAAUGGAAAAGAAAGACAAGGACAUCAUUACAAAUAGACUUUUCUAAUUGCCACAAUUAAAAAAAAAAAAAAAGUCUAUUUGAAGUGUUUUUCUAUUCUUUCUUUCCCCAUUAGUAACAGACCAUUUAACUGGUAAAAUGACCUCACUAUUCUGCAGCUCCAUUAUCUCACAUUUUCCUUGUAACUUGUGUUUACUUCAUUUUACGUAUUGAACACUACAGCUCCCAAAAUCUCAGCUGCAGAUACGUUAUCUGAAUUCAUCACUGUCUGUAUCGUCCUUUGAACCAAUUUCAUGUCCAACUUGGGAACUUACUGUACUGCCAGUGCAGUCACGCUAAAGCUGAAAUGUAUUCAUUGAGAAAAACGGAGAAAAAAAGGUAUUUCAAUGAGCUUGUUAUAGGAAUGAGGCCGGAGAUCUUGAAUUUUGUGUAUUUUGUGUUUUUCUCCUAAUUUAGAUGCUUAUUAUGUGACUUUUGACCACAAGCCAUUAAUCUCUGAGCUCUCCUCUUAUAAAUGCCUUUGACAUUUCUUUGUGAUCAUUGUUAAUGAAGGCUUUUUUUUAAACAAUGUGUUUUUGCUAUCCAUUUUAUAUAUAAAUACUUGGGCUCUUCAUCUUUUGGCUUUGAUGCAUGAUGUGUUGAUUAAGUUCUGUUUUUAUAUGUUUCAUAUUAUAUACAGUAUUGUUUUAUAAGUGUUCCUCA